AUGGCUGAAGAUUCUCAUCCUGCGUACCUCUCGCCUAGCGAGCUGGGCACAAAAGAUUACUGGGAAACCUACUACGCGCGCACCCUAGCGCACAUCUCCCACGAAACACCCAAUGCCAACAAAGGACAACCCAACCCAACGGAAAAUGAAGACUCAGACGCAGACUCAGACCUAAACGAAGAAGAUGACCCAGGGACAUCCUGGUUCUCAGAACACAACGCCCCCGAAAAAAGUCCUCCACUUCCUAACGCGCAAAUCUUUCCCUCUCUCCCCACGCAACACGCUCAAAUCCAAGUCCAAAUCUCAGCAUCAACCUUCCAUUCUAGAUCUGGGUACUGGGAAUGGGAGUAUGCUUGCACUGUUGAGGAAGAGGGGGAGUUGCAGAGGGGCCGGGGACAUUCGGCUUAUCGGAGUGAUUCUGAGGAUGAGAUUGAAUCCGAGUCUGAGGAUGGAUCCGAGGGUGAGGAUGGUGCCCAGGCACAAUCCGAGAUUGAGAUUGAAGCAUCACCCAUCCAAUUCGAAGAAUGGGAUAUCCUAGGCUCAACAGCUCCCCUCUCAGAAACCGGCCUCCCAGUCGAACCCACGCCAACACCAACACCCGAAAACAGUCUCAACUGGUUCCCCUAUUCCGCUGGCGGCUUCGACAUAGUCUUAGACAAAGGAACCUUCGACGCCGUCUCGCUAGCCGAUGAUGCUAAGACUACUCGUGUUUGCGAGCGGUAUCCCGAUAUUGCGCGGCGGUUGGUGCGUCGGGGUGGGUUUUUGGUUGUUACUACCUGUAACUGGACUGAGGAGGAGCUUGUGCAUUGGUUUACUGGUGGGAAGGGGGAGGGGGAUCGGUUGGUUGUUUGGGGGAGAGUUGAGUAUCCUCGGUUUCGGUUUGGGGGGCAUGAGGGGCAGGGGGUUUGUACGGUCUGUUUUGUUCGGGUUGGAGAUGGUGUCUAA